GCAGGUUGUCGCGCGCGCAGGAGUUGCGCUGUGCCUCGGCAGCACGCGCGCGUCCGCCGGCGCAACUUCCCCCGCACAGCAGCGCUGCUCCCGCACCGCCAUCCUCACCUCCGCACCUGCACCAACUUUUCAGCAGGCUUAAACACACACACACACACACACACGGAAUGUCUCUCUGAAUCCUGCCUGGAGAUCUCAUCACGGUUCGGGUUCGGGUUCGGAUUCAUAGUUGGUGCUUGGAAGGAAAAGGCUGUGAGACUGUGCCACUUCUUCUUCAUCAUCUUCUUCAUCUUCAUCAUCUUCUGCUUCUUCUUCUUAUCAGAAUCUGCGCUGCAACACGGAAUGUUAAACAUGUCGGCCAGAUUUCUGCUCCAUGUCGUACUUCUGUCCGUGUUGCAUGCAUGUUCUCAAACCAUCGCGUCUGAAGACGAGGAGUACGACGAUGUGACCGUCAGUCAGAUGCUGUCACCGAAAAAGAACGAGAUGGACGCCACUCAGAUCCUGAACAACCUCCUGAAGGAGUACGAUAAGAAACUCCGCCCUGACAUCGGAGUUAAACCGACUGUCAUCGACGUCGAUAUCUUCGUUAACAGCAUCGGACCCGUCUCAUCAAUAAAUAUGGAGUAUCAGAUCGAUAUCAUCUUUGCUCAGACGUGGACAGACAGUCGACUCAGAUACAACAGCACCAUGAAAAUAUUAACUUUGAACAGUAAUAUGGUGGGACUGAUUUGGCUCCCGGACACAAUCUUCAGAAACUCCAAGAACGCAGACUCGCAUUGGAUUACGACACCCAAUCAGCUACUCAGGAUAUGGAAUGAUGGGAAAAUACUUUAUACCCUCAGGCUGACUAUAAACGCUGAGUGUCAGCUGCAGCUCCAUAACUUCCCCAUGGAUGAACACUCCUGCCCACUCAUCUUCUCCAGCUACGGAUACCCGCGAGAUGAAAUGAUCUACAAGUGGAGGAAGAACUCGGUGGAAGCGGCCGAUCAGAAGUCCUGGAGACUUUAUCAGUUUGACUUCAUGGGGCUGAGGAACACCACAGAUGUCCUCAAGACCACGUCAGGUGACUACGUGGUGAUGACGGUUUAUUUCGACCUGAGCAGAAGGAUGGGCUACUUCACCAUCCAGACGUACAUCCCCUGCAUCCUGACCGUCGUCCUCUCCUGGGUCUCCUUCUGGAUUAAAAAAGACGCAACGCCAGCCAGAACUGCUUUAGGAAUAACCACAGUGUUAACCAUGACCACGCUGAGCACAGUGGCCAGGACGUCGUUACCCAGAGUCUCGUACGUCACCGCCAUGGACCUCUUCGUGACCGUCUGUUUCCUCUUUGUCUUCGCGGCUCUCAUGGAGUAUGCAACUCUCAACUAUUACUCGUACAGUGUUCGCAGGCCGACCUGUAACAAGACGAAAAGACCGAACUACUCAGUGCUGGAUGUGGGACCUCCUCCUACAGUCAUCGCUCUGAACAACUCCAUGUACUGGCAGGAAUUUGAUGACGCCUGUCUAUAUGAGUGCCUGGAUGGAAAAGACUGCCAGAGCUUCUUCUGCUGCUACGAGGAAUGCAAAGGAGGGGCCUGGAGAAAGGGCAGGGUCCACAUAGACAUCUUGGAACUGGACGCAUACUCACGUGUCUUCUUUCCCACUUCUUUCUUGUUGUUUAAUGUCGUCUACUGGGUAGGCUACCUCUAUCUUUAGCAAUCCACCCAUUUCCUUUUCAAAGACGCAGACGAUUUGACUUGGGCAGGACAACGAUUGCACCAAGACUUUCUAAGUACAGUCAAAAAGAAUGGGAACUGUGUUCAGUCAGAGACCUCUCCAGUAGGUUGGGAAACAUUUAAAAAAAAAUAACACUUUGCCAUAACAAAGUUACAAGCAGAUACUUUCCAAGCCCUUAAGCUAAGGAGUCCGGCUCUUUCUACACAGUCGGAAGUCCACAGGCUUUUUGUCUGGUAGCAUUUCCCUGCCAGAAGUCUUUGCCUUUGUUCUUCAGGUACCAAGGAAAAAAAAGUUCACUUAUCACAGAAGCGUGAUGUUUUUUUUGAUGAGAAAGUCACAGUACAAGUGGAUAAAGCUGCUCUGAUGGUGGGGGUGGGAAGGCCUCACACAGCAUGCAAAACCAUGACAUCUAAAUACGAAGGUGGUUCCCAAAAGUGGAGACCAGCGAUCAGUCAAAACCAGGCUUUGGUGAAGAGAAGCAUUCAGAGCCAUCCAUAGUGCCUUCUUCUGGAUGGGGUAGCUAUCUGCCGGAGAGAGAGCAGUAUCAGUUUCAGAGACAAGUUCCCGGUUUUGACUGACCGCUGACGGGGUCACUCUGUGCUUUUUCCAGCUUUUGGUUAUGACUUAUUUUCGAUGAAGUCAUUUCUAAAAUUGACGUUAAUGUCAUUGCAUGCUAUUUAUUAUAAUAUUAAGCUCCACUUUGAAUCUUCACAGCAAUUUUAGUACAACAAAGUAGGUUUUAUUGGAAUAUCAUAUCAUAGGCUAAUUGUUUAGGAAUUAAACCUUUUCCUAUAUUAUAUUUAUAUUUAGGAAAGUUUUGUAGUGGAUUUUUUCCAAUACAAAAGGAAGCAAACAUUUAAAAAACUUAUUUAAACCUGUAAAUUUUAAUCUGUUACAAUAACAAUUGCAUGUGUUAUAAUAGCUCAUAUCAUCCCUAAUCCAGGUUUAUCUUUGGGCCUGGCCAAAGUUGGCAGUUGUACUCAUUAGGGGUGGAAAUGUUUAGGCCCCGAUUUCAAUUCAGGCUUUCACCAUGCGAUUCUAAAAAGAUUCUUGAUGCAUCUCGAUUCUAUAAACGAUAUUCAUAGUUAAGCGCCCACAGUGAUGAUUUAAUACUGAAAUUACACACAUCAGUAUUCAAAACUCAGACAUAACUACAGACUUUUGCGCUAUUCAGAAAGUAAGGGAGUUACGCACAUUAGGGCGGAGUUUGUGUAAAACAGAGGCGUGUCUCAGUUACAUGUGAUUCUGAUCUUGAACUUGGGCGCAUUUUUCUUGCGUGAUAUCAGCUCGAGUGAGGAGCAGUAUUAAGACUGUCAGUUUAAUGUAACCACAAUAAGUCACGCUGAAAUUUAUGGCUGUAAAGAGACGUGUAUUCAUUUUUAUGGAUAAAAUUAUGAACAACACAUAAAAUGAGCUGUAGGCAUAAUACAGAAUCGACUUAAGUGUGUGCGUAAACCGACUCUGAAUACGGGAAACUUUCCCUGUGUUAAUAUUGAUGUAAAUUUUGGACUCACCGACUCUGAAUACAGCAUCUUUUUUUUUACAGUUUGAUUUUAAAGUGAAAAAGCAGAAAGUAAAAUGCUGUACCUCCAGUCCAACUCAUUCAACAAUGACGCAAAAUUUCUUUUGCCACAAAGCUUGCAGCUGACCGAGUAAUUCGCUUUGUGCUUUCUGAAUUAUGUGAACGUUUCUUCGCUUGCUCGAAUGUCCUCUGUUGAGAACUCUGAACUCUGAAUAAAAAAAAGUCUGAUAUGAUUUGUAUUCCCAAAACACUUUAUCUUGUAAUGACAAAGCUUGAACAUGCCUAUAUCCAGUUCCUGUUCUCCUUUUAAUUCAGAAAUAUUCAACAAUUCCAAAACAGUCCCUUUAAAAGCAAAGCGUUUGUCCAUCAUCAGGUAAAUCAGCAGAUUUAGCUAGCUUGGUUAGUAGCUAACUUAUACAAAGUGCACAUGCUAAUUAGUUUAGUCCAAUUUUAUUAUUAUUAUUAUAUAUUUUUUUAUUAUUAUAACUUGCUUUAUGUUGUGUUCUGUGGCUUUUUAUUGAAAAUAUAAAUAACACAAAUUAUUAUUAUUAAAAAUUAUAAGAAAGAUCUUGUGUAUCGCGUUUAAAUAGAGAAUCGAGGUGCAUCUAAGAAUUGAAAUUUUUUUCUCAACUCGAUAUAAAUACAAGCAAAAUCAACUCAAUCCCAAAGACAGAAGCAGUUUUAGCUGCAGAAGGUUUGGAUCACUCCGUUUUCUCAAAAAGAAAUGAUUUUUAUUUACAUUCUUUUUAAUAUGAUAAAACUUUACUUGAACACUUAAGACUGCAUCUUAUGAUUGGCACAGUUUAUGACGUGGUUAUGUCAGUCUUAUGACACAGGCUAGUGUCAAGUAAAGUGUUUCUCUGUUUUGUUAAUUUAAUUUUGUCAUUCUUUUUUUUAUUACUUAUCAGUAAUUUCCAUUUAUCCAGAAUUCUAUAAUCCGUAACCCUACAUUACCACUGUGUUCAUAACCAAAUUUAUUUGAUAAAUUGUGAUACUGAGUUGCCUUAGGGUCACUGUCAGAUGAUCCGUAUUAUUAAGAUGAUUUUAUAACAUCUACUUCAAACGGUGGUCAUAGCCAAAGGAUUCAUGCUAACAAAGCUGAGAAUACAUGUAUGAAGGCAAUCUGAUUUUUUUUUAUUAUUAUUUUAUUAUUUUUUUUUGUAUUAUACACAAUUUUAAAAACCAUUGUCAUGGAUUACAAUUAAGACGUAUUUAUUUGUAAUGUUCUUCAAUAGCAAUAUAUUAUUAUUAUUUUUUUUAAUUUAAG